GUGAUGUUUCUCUGAGAUGAAAUACAUAAACCUUUUAUUUCAGAAAUCCCAGGGAAUUUUAACUGGAACUACUCUGCAAUGUCUGUAUUUGAAAAGGAAAGUGAGGACAAACAAAAUGGAGAGCAAGAGAGGUAUCUGCAAGCCAACAACAGAGAAUUUAACAGUCUGUUCGGAUAUCCGAACAAUAGCAUCAAGACCUCAAAAUAUAAUGCCUUUAACUUCUUGCCUAUGAACCUGUUUGAACAGUUCCAGAGACUUGCAAAUGCAUAUUUCCUCUUUUUGCUUUUCCUACAGUUGAUUCCCCAGAUCUCCUCCUUGGCAUGGUACACGACUGUGGUACCCCUGAUGGUGGUGCUGUCCAUAACAGCAGUGAAAGAUGCCAUCGACGACGUGAAAAGGCACCAAAACGACAAUCAAGUCAACAGUCGUUCUGUUCUGCUGCUGAUGGAUGGCAGGAUAGUGACAGACAAAUGGAUGAAUGUCCAAGUGGGAGAUAUAAUAAAACUAGAAAAUAAUCAGGUUGUCACGGCUGAUAUACUGUUACUCUCUAGCAGUGAGCCCUACAGUCUGACAUAUAUAGAAACAGCAGAACUGGACGGUGAAACCAACUUGAAAGUGAAGCAAGCCAUCUCAGUUACCAGUGAGAUGGAAGAUAACCUGAAGCUACUAUCUGCCUUUGAUGGAGAAGUGAGGUGUGAGUCUCCCAAUAACAGGUUGGACAGAUUCACAGGAAUACUGAUUUAUAAAGGAAAAAAUUACGUCCUGGAUCAUGACAGGCUGAUUCUCCGAGGCUGCAUCAUCAGGAAUACAGACUGGUGCUAUGGCUUGGUAAUUUUUACUGGACCAGACACCAAAUUAAUGCAGAACAGUGGAAAGUCCACUUUUAAACGGACACACAUAGACCAUCUCAUGAAUGUCCUUGUGCUCUGGAUUUUUCUGUUUUUAGGCAGCAUGUGUUUUGUCCUAGCAGUUGGUCAUUGCAUUUGGGAAAGCAAGAAAGGCUACUACUUCCAGGAUUUUCUGCCAUGGAAAGAAUAUGUCUCUUCAUCAGCUGUCUCUGCCGUCCUUAUAUUCUGGUCCUACUUCAUUAUUCUCAACACCGUGGUGCCUAUUUCCCUCUACGUCAGUGUUGAGAUAAUAAGAUUGGGCAACAGUUUCUAUAUCAACUGGGAUCGGAGGAUGUUUUAUGAACUAAAGAACACACCAGCACGGGCUUGUACCACCACCCUUAAUGAGGAGCUCGGCCAGGUCAAAUACGUGUUCUCUGACAAAACAGGGACCCUGACUCAGAACAUCAUGAUUUUCAACAAGUGUUCUAUUAAUGGGAAAUUCUAUGGUGUUGUCUAUGACAAGAAUGGACAGAGGGUAGAAGUCUCGGAGAAAACAGAAAAGGUCGACUUCUCCUACAACAGACUGGCUGAUCCUAAGUUUUCAUUUUAUGACAAGACUUUGGUGGAAGCAGUGAAAAGGGGAGAUCGCUGGGUACACUUGUUUUUCCUGUCACUCUCAUUGUGUCAUACCGUGAUACCAGAAGAGAAAGUAGAAGGUGAGCUGACUUACCAGGCUCAGUCCCCAGAUGAAGGUGCCCUGGUCACUGCUGCCAGGAACUUUGGCUUUGUGUUCCGUUCCCGCACGUCUGAGACAAUCAUGGUAGUCGAAAUGGGGGAAACCAGAAUCUACCAACUACUGGCUAUUUUGGACUUCAACAGUGUGCGCAAGAGGAUGUCUGUUAUUGUGAGGACACCUGAAGAUCGCGUAAUGUUAUUCUGCAAGGGUGCAGACACGAUCCUCUGUCAGCUACUUCAUCCAUCCUGUAGAUCCCUCAGAGACGUGACCAUGGAACAUUUAGAUGAUUUUGCCAGUGAUGGCCUUCGCACCCUCAUGGUGGCCUACCGAGAACUGGACAAUGCAUUCUUCCAGGACUGGAGCAGGAAGCACAGUGAAGCCUAUCUGUCUUUGGAGAAUCGGGAAGAUAAAAUAUCAAUGGUCUGUGAAGAGAUCGAAAAAGACCUGAUGCUGUUAGGGGCCACAGCCAUAGACGACAAGCUGCAGGAUGGAGUACCUGAGACCAUCAUCACCCUGAACAAAGCCAAAAUUAAAAUCUGGGUUUUAACUGGAGAUAAGCAAGAGACUGCUGUGAACAUUGCCUAUGCCUGUAACAUAUUUGAGGAUGAAAUGGAUGGGAUGUUUAUCGUGGAAGGCAAGGAUGAUGAGACUGUUCGGCAAGAGCUCAGGUCAGCAAGGGAAAAGAUGAAACCUGAGUCUCUACUGGAAUCAGACCCGGUAAACAGUUACCUCACCACAAAUCCCCGAAUGCCCUUCAAAAUACCCGAGGAGAUGCCCAAUGGCAACUACGGCUUGAUCAUCAAUGGCUACAGUCUGGCCCAUGCUCUAGAAGGGAACCUGGAGUUGGAACUGCUGCGAACGGCGUGCAUGUGCAAGGGAGUGAUCUGCUGCCGGAUGACACCCCUUCAGAAGGCCCAGGUGGUAGAGCUGGUGAAGAGGUACAAGAAGGCGGUGACACUGGCCAUCGGGGAUGGGGCCAAUGACGUCAGCAUGAUCAAAGCUGCCCACAUUGGAGUCGGCAUCAAUGGCCAGGAGGGAAUGCAGGCCAUGCUCAACAGCGACUACGCCUUCUCCCAGUUCCGCUAUCUUCAGCGUCUACUCUUGGUCCAUGGCCGCUGGUCCUAUAAUCGCAUGUGCAAGUUUCUCAGCUACUUCUUUUACAAAAACUUUGCCUUCACUCUGGUGCACUUCUGGUAUGCCUUCUACAGCGGGUUCUCUGCACAGACAGUUUAUGAUACCUGGUUUAUCACUUUCUACAACCUGGUCUACACCUCCCUCCCUGUCCUGGGCUUGAGUCUGUUUGACCAGGAUGUGAAUGAAACAUGGAGCCUACGUUUCCCAGAGCUGUAUGAGCCAGGCCAGCACAACCUCUAUUUCAACAAGAAGGAAUUUGUGAAGUGUUUGAUGCAUGGGAUCUACAGUUCCUUAGUGUUGUUCUUUAUCCCUAUGGGGACCGUUUACAAUUCAGUGCGCAGUGAUGGGAAGGAAAUCUCCGACUACCAGUCCUUCUCCAUGAUAGUGCAGACCUCCUUGCUCUGCGUGGUCACAGUGCAGAUUGCCCUGGAGACAACCUACUGGACAAUGAUAAGCCACAUCUUCACCUGGGGUAGCCUGGGUUUCUACUUUUGCAUCUUAUUCUUCCUGUACAGUGAUGGCUUGUGCCUAAUGUUCCCCAACAUCUUCCAGUUCCUAGGUGUGGCCAGGAACACUCUGAACCUGCCGCAAAUGUGGCUGAGUAUUGUCCUCAGUGUGGUCCUCUGUAUGUUGCCUGUGAUUGGGUACCAAUUUCUCAAACCACUAUUCUGGCCCGUCAGUGUGGACAAGAUUAUUGACAGAAUUCAUCAUUGCAUGAGACAUCCACUGCCACACCCAAGCCGGACCAAAUGGAAACAUGCAAGCUCUCAACGUUCUGCCUAUGCGUUCUCCCACAAACAGGGCUUUGGGGCCCUCAUCACUUCCGGCAAGACAAUGAGGGCCAAAAUGUCCAAGAAAAACAGCUUUCCUUUUAAAAAGUAGAGGCCUUUACGGAAGCCCUAAAGGAGUCAGUCAUUGCUCUUCCUCCCUUGUAUUCACACAACUUAAUAAGGAGAGAUUAGAGUCCCUGGAAACCAGCAUAAACCUGUUCUUCCACUCUCACUCCAGGGGCUCAGCCUCUUCAUUCCCUAGAAGGCUAUGCCCAGGUAAGGCAAGGAAAGGUAAAGGGCCCCCAGACAUCUGUCAGAGUUAUAGCAUUUCAAGAAAAAGCGAUGUCAGGCCUCCCUCUACCAACCCUUCCAAGUUUUAAUCCAUACAAGCAAAUGUGGAAAUAAUGGGUGAAGAGGGGGAAGGUGGGGAAGGGAAAAGAAAAUAGGACCUAAGAAUCUUAGUUUGGGCCCUAUUUCCCAUACCCAGAGCAACCAUAAAUUUUGCCAGGGCUCCCCACAAACAUAUUCACCCAGGUACCCUUCUCAGGUUUAUCUGAGGGAUUCAGGGCCUGGUUAGCAAAAGGAAGAGGCAGCUAUGAAAAGUCGGUCAUAAGAAGCUAAAGGAGAGUUUCUGGACCAAAGAAAGAAUGGAGGUGGUUCCUGCCUUGAUAGGACAGCUCAAGAUUUUGCC